AUGGCUACAACUGUGAGUGUGCGCUUUGUGCUAGUCUCGUGUUUUAUUUAUCGAAGUGAAGAAGCGAAAUCAUGCGAUAAGUGUAGAUGAAGAUGAUACUGGAAGGUCGCACUAGACUGAGGACAAAGGUGAUGGAACUUUUUCCAGGAUGACAGGGGGUAAUAUGGACACUCCCAUGAUGCUCGACUUUUGCUUGCGUUUUCCCCGAUGUAUUAACGAAUUUUUAAAACGUGUCACAGGUACGAGCUACAGGUACUUUACAAAUCCAGUGGCCUCGUACUACCUUCAGCCUCCUUUAGGUGAUGUUGAUAUAAACUUCUACGACCUUGCAAAAUUACCGAAGCCGUUACCCGAUGAGAUCCGUCAGUGGGUACAGCAGUAUGGUACUGAAGAGUGUCAGACAGAAUAUCACAUGGAACUUUUCAACAAAAGACAAGCCAGGCAACUUGCCAUUGAACCUCUACGAGUCUGCACCCCCGGAGCAACAUUCAGUUGACUUUGACGUGCUUCUCAAUGAAGACAUUCCCGUUCAACACAAAGAUAUCAUCACAGCACGUAAUAUUGUCAUCGCCCAGUCUACGUAUGUUGAAGGUUUCCCGAAUAUACAAACUGCGUUCUGCUCCAAACAGCCCACUAUAUAUUACAAAACUAUUAGAGGAUGUGGUUGCUGA